AUGUUAGGAAAAUUUCAAUAGAUUGACGAACAUUUUUUGCAGCAAGAGGCCGAUUCUUUAAAUACUUUGGAAUAUAUCGACGCUUAAGUUUACAUACAGUCCAAAGAGAUUGGCUAAGGAAAUGGAAGAUUAAUUGUUGAUGUGAAUCAAAUCGGGUUUCUUUAUGAUAGCUUAAUCUUUAGAAAUCAUGAUCAGAGAGAAUAAUUGCAGACAUACUUUACCCUUUCUCUGUCCAACCUUUGCUUCACCAAAAGUAAUUUUGCAUAAAAUCUCACAAAGUUCAAGCUUUUUACGAGUGCCAAUUAGCAAUCUACAGACUCAAUUAGCAUUUAUGUCAGCUCUAGCUAUGAUGAAGCAUUUAGUAAUAAGUUAAAGAUUAAUUGUAUUAUUUUUGGGAGGUUAGAAAAUUACUUCAUAAUUUCUCAGUUUAUAAGUGAAGGAUCUCAGGCUUCUGUCUAUCAAGCUAAAUCAAUUGAUGAAAGUAACAAAAAUAUAUAUGCAAUCAAGCAGUAUGACAUUCAAAAUCAAUAACAACUCAAGUAGAUUAAAACAGAAGUCAAAUUUAUAAGGAAAUUGCAAAUUAUAGAUGACGAAUUUUUCUGUCGGUUGCAUUUAGUUUUAUAAGAAUAGGACAAAAUAUAUUUGGUUAUGGAUUACUUUAAGAAUGGGGACUUAUCUCAUCUGAUUUGCCAAGAAAAGCCUUUGACUGAGUCUUAAAUCAAAAACAUAAUGUCACAACUCUUAUUAUCCACAUAUAUAAUGCAUAGUGAGAAUAUUAUUCAUCGAGAUUUGAAACCAGAAAAUAUUCUCUUAAUAAAUAGUGAUUCACUUAAGGUUUCAGUGACUGAUCUAGGACUAGCCUGCUUGAAUAAUGAUUAUACCAAUAAAAACAAAAAAUGUGGAUCUCCAGGGUUUAUGGCACCAGAAAUACUUAGAGAUUAAUCAUUUGAUUUAAACAGUGAUAUUUUCAGUCUGGGAUGCAUCAUGUUUGCUCUCAUUGCUAAAAAAUAUAUAUUUCCUGCUUAAACUCUUCAGAAACUCAUUCUUUAGAAUCAAUAUGCCUACCCUUCAGAUUUAAUUGAUAAGCAAAAAUUAGAAGUUUCACAAGAAUGUAUAGAGUUAAUGAAGUUAAUGCUAGGCAGAAACUAAAAUAUGCGACCAUCAGCUGAGAAGUGUCUCUAACAUAUAUGGUUCCACGAAAAGAAAUAAUACAUUCUCGAUAAAUUACUUAAAAUAAAACUAAAAAAUUCAUCAAAAAUUAGAGAAAUUUACUCUUUUAAUGCUAUAAAUAGUGGAUUUAUGCUUAAAUCAACAAACCUUAAUUGCUGCACAGGAUAGCAGGCUUACUUGGAUGGUUUAAAUUAAUCAUAUAUCAAAGAAGAACAAAUUGAUCAAACUCAGUUAAGAACUGGUUAAUACGAUGGUGCAAAAUUUAACAAAUUAUGUAAAGAUUAUACAAAUAUUAAUUCCUUGAACAAUUCUUAAAAAAAUUUGGAUGAUAAAUUGUGCAUGUUUGCUAGAAACAUGAAUGAUUUAGAUUAAAAAUUACAAGAUAUUGAAGAAGAAAGAACAGAAGAGUAAACACCAAGGCUAUCUUAAUCAAUCUACUGUAUUGAUUAGCAGCUAAAGAAUAGAAGAAAUUUGUCCCAAAUAAUUAGAGAAUAGAGAGGCAAAAUGAGUAAUUUAAACAGUCCAGUAAAAAUUAGAAUACUCUAAUGA